UUGUAUCUGAGGUUUCAAAUAACUAAUAUUAGAGUGGUUGGCCGGACCUAGGGGUGGAAUGACUAGGUAGGACUUAGGGUUGUUUUGCAAAGGGGAUAAAAAUGCCGGACGCGGAUGGAAUCGAGCGGGGCCCGGCCGCUACGCCGACAGACUUUGUCAAGGCCCUUGAAAAAGGGGAAUUGGCACGACUUCAGGUGCCGAAAAUCGACAUCUUUCAUUUUAAAGGGGACAGAGUAUCUGAGUGGCUGGAGCUACUGGAACAAGUUACCGCCGAGGUACCCGAAGAAGACAAGUUCAAGUUUCUACCUCGAUACAUCUGGUGGGAAACCCGGCCCGAGGUAAUGAAGGUGGCUGCUGGAGCAGGAGGAGGCUGGGCUAAGUUCAAGGCAGAAAUGCAGAGGCGGUUCAAGUUAGGGGAUGGCUUGUUAACGAAGAUAGACUUGGAGAUGUUACAACGAGACGAGUUCUCCACAGUGGGGGCCUUUGCCACGGCAUUUGAGAAAAUGGCAAAGAAAGUCCCAGGGUUGGCAGAAGAAGAACAGAAGAAGAACAAUGUGUCACUUUCCUCGGGCACUUCAAGAAUUGGGAAGCCUCGUAGACAUCUUUUCUUUCAGAUGAGGCAGGCUAGGAAGAAGAGGAAGGCUUUGGAUGCCACGACAAGUGACGGGAGAGACUUUAAGAGAAUGAUAGAGGAUGCUGUUGGCCAACUCGAUGCGGAAAAAGAGGGAAAGGCAGCAAGAAAGGCUAUGGCGGCAUCGCAGACUCAGGGAAAAGCAAAGAAGGCGGUGGUGCAAGAGGAGGAAGAAGAGGAAAAGGAGGAGCCUGAGCCUCAAAAGCUAACAAAGGCACAGAGGAAGGCCAAAAAUCUGGCCCAAGGCGGACAAGGCUCAGGAAGAGGACAGACCCCGCAAGCAACAGCACUGCCCCCUCCGGAGUCGCAUGGUCAGGCCACGCCAGCACCCUAUGGACCGUGGCCGGGUUAUGGACCUCCAAGUCCUUGGCCUGGGCAUUGUUCAUACGUACCAUGGCCAAUGAGUGAACCACAUGGAUCAUGCGCGGGAGCGCCGCUGAGCGCGGCUUCCUGCGGGUGUCCAGGACCCCAAACUCAACAAGUAAGCCACUCGAGCCCCCAGCCAAGCCAACCUCAACAACCGACACCACAGGGGUCGCAGGGAAAUCAAGGCGGCGGACGUCGACAGAACCAGGGAUGGGGCCGAGGGCAAGGAAAUGGCGGCCGCGGGGGAAAUGGAAGAGGAAAUGGGGGUGGCAAUUCCAGUGGAAGAGGAAAUGGGGGUGGCAAUUCCAGUGGAGGAGGAAAUGGGGAUUGGGAUGCGUCAAGGAAUCAGAGUAGUCAGGACGGCGGGCGAGGUUUUGGUAGAGGACGGAUAGACUGGAGGAAUGCCAUUUGCUGGCAUUGUGGGCAGAAGGGUCACACCAUCAAGUUCUGCCAUGUCCGAAGGAACGAUGAAGAUGAAGGGUUGAUUAGUACCAACUACGACGCUGACAUGUAUGAUAAGUUUGGAUACUACAUUGACCCAGAGAUCCCUGGUGGGUCGAGAAAGGAGGCCUUGAGACGAGUCGAGGCUGGCGAGCUGCCCGCUCCUCCGGCCAUGUUUCGAAUCUGGCAAGAGGAGGAGGUCCGUCCUAAUAUAAGGGUUGAAGAGAUAGGAGAGAAUGAGGAAGUAGAGCAGAAAAGGAAAACCGGUACGGUCAAGGAAGAACCAAUUGUGGUAGAAUCUGAUGAGGAAAUAGAAAGGGGUUACUGGAAUGAGGCCCGAAGAACGAUGGAAAGAAUGGAGGAUCUAGUGGCAAAGAUGAGAAGGUAUCAAGACAAAUUGACCAACAUGUGUGAAGAGGUCAAGGAGUGGAAAGGUAAAAAGCCACUGGUAUAUCUCUACGAUAUGGGUCCAGCACCACAAGGAGGAUCUGGGAGCCUACCAGGCGUAACAAUUUCGGGACCAACGCCUCGGUCCGGAAUGGCUUACAGGCCACCAUCAAGGUCAGGAGGAGCGCCACAGGCCGUCAGGACAAGGGCCAAGGGGCUGGUAAGCCCAGGUGAGGAUGAGAGAGAUGAGAGGUUAAGGAGAGAAGAGGAUAAGAGGGCCGAGCUAAGAGCAAAAAAGAGGGAUGUUAAGGCAGACACGGACAAAGCUCCAGAGGUGAAGAAAAGGAAGUAUGUUGUCCGGGUAGAAGAAGGCUAUGACGUGGAGGAAAUAAUGGAUAAAAUCCUUGAGGGUCAUAAUCAUCUUAUGAACCUGAAGGAUGUGCUGGCUUCAGCUCCAAGGCUCCGGGACGAGCUCAAAGCUCGAUUAUCCAGGAAGAUGGUAGCCAGCGUGCGAUUGGGGGCCAUAAUCCCCAAGGAAGCGGAAUGGGCAGAGACAGGCACGAAGAUGGAUUGGAAGUCCGUCGCCUGUGGAUGCUUGGACGUAGUAGUAAAAGGAAAAACGUGCACGACAAUGGUGGAUACUGGGACGGAAAUGAACCUCAUAAAAAAGGAGCAUGCUUUGCGCUUGGGGAUGGAGGUUGAUCGCUCCGAUAAUGGAGUUUUAAUAGGAGCAAAUAGUCGGUCUGUGUUCAUAGGGACCGCAUCGAGAGUGGUUUUGGAGAUUGGCAAGGUUAAAGUGAGAAGUUGUUUCUUUGUAAUGCCCGAUCUCGAUCAUCCCAUCCUAUUGGGCCGAUCUUUCAUGAGCCGAACGGAGACCGUCAUACUGAAUAAGCAUGAUGGGACGAUGUUCCUUGUCUUAUGUGACCCGAACAUUGCACCUGAGACCAGAGUGAGAGGGUUCCUCCAGUUCGUGAGGAGGCCUAUCAGAAUGUUCGUCAAGAGCAUUGUGGAAAGAGCGUUGCAUUGGGGAGAUUGCAAACGGUUACUGAGGAGCUACUAUACUCCCACACGCCUGGCAGAGGAGAGAAGGAGUAUGGAGAAAAAUAGGAAGGAGCCAGAGGUCACAGAGAGGAGGACUUUUGAGCUGGGCAUGACCUCAGGCACUCAGAGGGAUGGACAGUGGAGAGAGCACAUGCCCCACGGGCAGGAGAGAGGAGAGGAGCAGCAUGCUGAGAGCGUUCAAGGAAGAGAGGAACAACAUGCUGACUGGACACAGCAGACAGAGAGGCAGGGUGCAGAAAGGACCCAGAGGGGAGGACCAUCAAGUGGAUCAGAUGCGCCCCCUCAGCCUGCUCAGGACUGCCCUAUGGCAGACAAAGGGCCAGAACUACCUCAAGAGCCACAUGGACAGGAGCAGAGUGAGGAACAGGUUGCAAGGGAGAAAGAACAAGACAGAAAGGAGAGAGCGGCAAUAGAGAGAGAGAUCAGAGUCCAAAUCAGACUCAAGAACAUUGCGGAGCUGCACGAGAAGGUUGAGCAGGGAGAGCAGCCUGUGAUACUAGAAGACAGAAAGAGGAAUGACUCACCCACUCACGACGAUGAGACUCCUCUUUUCACGGAGGCUUGGGACAACUUUGAUAAGUUGUUGGAGGCAGCAGGGAGGCCCAGGGAGCAGCAUCAAGAGAUGGGGGUUAAGCUGGUCUCUACAGACUUGCUUAGCCUGAAUGACCUUAUGAAGGAGGGCUUUGCGGUGGCCAAGACUUCUGAUGAAAAGAUGGAGAAGAGGUUGACAAGGGUGGCGCGAGCGUCUCAUGAGCAGAGAAUGGACUGGCAGAAAGAAAUUGGUGAUCUCAAGAAGGAGUUGGAGAGGCAGGACAAGGAGAUGAAAGCCAUGAAGACUGAGAUGGAGAAGGCCUGGGCAGGCAACGUGGCCAUCAGGCAGGUCAACCAGACCCUCAACAAAGUCAACGACACCCUGAGGACCUACUUGCAGGUACAACAGAAUAUCUUUCACGCAAAGGAAGCCAAGUGGGAGAAGAGGAUAGAGGAUCUUGAGGCCAAAUGUGCACAACAGGCGCCUACUGCAGUGGUGGACUGGACCGAGGUCCAGGGGUUUGAAAUCAGGAAGCAGCCUGCAGAGGAGGCCUUGAAGAGUCAGAAGGUGGAAGAGAGGGCAAACGAGCAAAGGGGUGAGGAAAUCCCUCUGCUGGAUAAGAAGAUGUUGGAGCCACAAGAGACACUAGCAGGAAGGGACUUAGAGGCAGGAGAGUUUGAGUGGAGGAUGCCCACCGUCUUGGCACAUGAGCAAGGACCAGUGAGGCCAGGGGUGAGGCCACCAACAGAGGUCAACAUGGAUGAGGCUACACCACCUAUGAUUCAGAGAGAAACUGUGGGGCAGCAGGAGGCUCAGGAGAGUGUGGGACAGGCGAGGGUUGAGGCUGAGGUAGGGGAGGAUCUGGAGGUUUCUCAUAAAACCCCACCACCUCAGGAUAUGCCUCUGGUUGCAGGUCUGGAGGAGGCGCUGGGAUGUUGGGCCACUGGAUCCGGGGCAGAGGAGCGAGUAAGUGAGCAGGUGGCGCAGACAGAUGACAGAGCAGCAUGCCCCAUUCCUCCAGAGCAUCCACAACAGGAGGUCACGAGCGAGGCUACAGCAGUCCCCUCAUUUGUGCCCUCCCAAGGAGCGGACAAGAUGGAGCAGAAGAAGUUUGAAAGAUGUUUCUACUGCAAAAGGGGCAAGCACCCACAGGAGACCUGUCCCAAAAGCCUCAAGGAUGAGGCGAAUGGUUUGUUUUCUUGGGAUCCUUCUGGGGUACGUAGGGAUAAGUAUGGGAACCUGAUCCUAAAGACUCGUGAUGGGAUAUGGGCGCAAUUGUAUAGGCAGCUGCAUGAGGACAUGAGUGAUCAGGGAUAAGAUUCUUUCAUAUGGUCCGGAAAGGUCUAGAUUCUGACAAGUAUAAAGCAUCUCUGACUCACUACUGAUAGAUGAUUGUAUAUAGGAGGACACAUGGAGGAUUGGAUUACGCCCAUGUACAUCAGUUAGUUGAGUCAUUAUUGAGAUGUUUACUUUCGCAUAUUGACUUUCAGACUUAGUUGUAUCUAGGAUGGUAUUGUGUGUGCGACUGAUUUCAUCAUUUUUAUUUUCAUAUUUUUUUAGUGUGGUGUGGCGUGUUCUUAGAUAGUGUUUUUGUGUGAGUUUAUGAUUCUUUCUCGUCCAGAGCGGUAUGAGAUCCUGGUUUCUUUGACUUUUACUUUGAUACUUCAUUCGGAUACUCUGAUUCUUUGUUGAAUACUGUGACACUUGGUACGAUACCCAAACUUUUUGUGUGAUACUUGAAUUCUUUGUACGAUACCUUGACCGUUUCAAUAUGGACGGGAGCCUUUGAUUGUUGCAAGGCCUCAGAUUCUGUGUGCAUAUGCGAAUCUCAGACUUCUUUCUUUUUGUGUGGUGUGUCACACUCACUCUCAGUUCGUGGACUUGCCCAUAUGAAUGAUUGUUAUGACGAAGUAAAUGUUGUAAAAUGCA